CAUAGCAAACAAAAAAUCGCUUAAAACCCUAAAAUCCACCAGUUGGUUCCCCAAUCUCUCUCUCUCUCUGUUUCUCUCGAUCGAUCGAUCGAUCUAUACAUUUCACGGAAGCCUCCUACAUAGCGACUAUCGCUAUCCCGCACGGAUUGCUGCAAGCUACUGAGUACUAUGGAUGCAGUUAGGGGUAUGCAUGGCCCAGGGCCCUUUUAUAAAGAUGUGUUAUAUCUACAGGGCAAGCAUCGAUCGGAGGAUAUAUGGAAUGGUCAGGAUCCGGGACCACUUACUUGCCAAAAUAGUUUGUUAUAUGCAAUGAGGCAAUGGGUACCUCAUCCCCGCAUUAUCCCAUACUUGCAAAAAGCUGGCUUUUUUCAUGUUCACAGGUUAGGUGUUGGUUUCCAAAUGGAUUGGGCUUUGGUCACAGCCCUAGUAGAGCGAUGGAGACAAGAGACCCAUACAUUUCACCUAACUGUGGGCGAGACCACCAUCACGUUACAGGAUGUUGCUAUUCUCAUGGGACUACGGGUUGAUGGGCCUGCGGUGACAGGGUCGACCGUGCACGACUGGGCGACCCUAUGCGAGCAAUAUUUGGGAGUGCGACCAUUGGACGAGCAUCUGAAGGGGUCAUCACUCCAAUUCACUUGGGUACAACAACAUUUUACUACCUUACCUGACGAUGCGACUGAGGAUGUUGUGCAAAUGCAUGCCAGGGCAUAUAUCCUGUGCCUCAUCAGUGGACCCCUCUUACCUGACAGGUUAGCUUCUUCAGUACAACUCGUGUACUUGCCAUUGCUUCGUGACCUGGAUCAUUGCGGGAGACUUAGUUGGGGUGGAGCAGUGUUGGCAUGUUUAUAUCGAGCACUUUGUCAUGCUAGCCAUCGUCGAGCUACCAAGAUAACUGGGCCAUUGUUGCUCCUACAUCUGUGGUCUUGGGAGAGGCUAUACGUAGGACGACCCAUCAAGAUAGAGAGAUUGCCCAUGGACCGUGAGGUUGAUCCUUGGGGUUGUCGCUGGAAGGGCAAACUAUCGCACCACCAAAACCCCGGGCCAUGCUCUCUUAGAUUUUACCGAGACAAAUUAGACAAUUUGACCAAUUAUCAAGUUAUUUGGCAGCCAUACACCUUAGAUAUUAUUUUCUUCAAGCUGCCUGACAUCUGUGUCGAAGGGCAGGGCGUGUGGCGUUCAGAAGUGCCACUCAUUUGUUUUGACAUUAUCGAGUGGCACUUUCCAUCCCGUGUUAUGCGCCAAUUUGGAAUGGUGCAAUGUAUUCCUGAGGAUGUCAAUACAAAUAUAAUGUUGCAUCAGCAAAACAAGCAAGGUAGGCAUGCAUUUGACGGGGAGGUCCCACAUAAGCGAUACAUCAAGUUGUGGGAUGAUCGACAUAAGACUGUGGUCAAGGAUGAUGCGGGGUCUGACUAUCUUCCUGCCCACGGAGAAUAUAUGACUUGGUACCGAAGCAUAACUCGAUGCAUCAUCGCACCACUCACUGAUUGACUGUUUAUAGCAUUUUAGUCCUUGGUGGGACGCAUCGUGUGGCUCAUUCUUCAUUUAUGUACCUCAUGUUCGUGCUUAUUUUAUCAUUAUAAGAGAUCAGUUUGAGGAACGAACUUUCGAAGGGAAACAUGAGCCUUCCCUUACUCAAAGUUGGAUUUAGGGUUAAAAAGGGUGUCUAUCACUGUAUGAGAUUUCUUAUUUGGUGAGAGUAGGUUGGAGGGGUGUUUUUGUAUGUAACCUUUCUUUUAUUUUUUCUUUACUCAUUUUUGCAUGUAACCUUUUCUUUGCUUUA